UCCCGCCGCCAUGGCCCUCAACAAGUCCAUGCACGCGCGCAACCGCUACAAGGACAAGCCGCCCGACUUCGCCUACCUAGCCUCCAAGUACCCCGACUUCCUGCCGCAUGUGCAGGCCACCCUGACGGGCAGGGUGAGCCUCAACUUCAAGGACCCCGAGGCGGUGCGGGCCCUGACGUGCACCCUGCUGAAGGAGGAUUUUGGGCUGACGAUCGACAUCCCCUUGGAGAGGCUCAUUCCCACCGUCCCCUUGCGCCUCAACUACAUCCACUGGGUGGAAGAUCUCAUCGGUCAUCAGGGGGCAGACAAGCAAGUGCUCAGGCGAGGAAUCGACAUAGGGACAGGGGCAUCUUGCAUAUACCCAUUACUUGGAGCAACUUUGAAUGGCUGGUACUUCCUUGCAACAGAAGUAGAUGAUAUGUGUUUCAACUAUGCCAAGAAGAAUGUGGAACAGAAUAAUUUGUCGGAUCUUAUAAAAGUGGUUAAGGUACCACAGAAGACUCUUCUGAUGGAUGCACUGAAGGAAGAAUCAGAGAUUGUUUAUGACUUUUGUAUGUGCAACCCUCCCUUUUUUGCCAACCAGUUGGAAGCAAAGGGAGUAAAUUCUCGGAAUCCACGUCGCCCUCCUCCCAGCUCUGUAAACACAGGAGGAAUCACAGAAAUCAUGGCUGAGGGGGGAGAACUAGAAUUUGUCAAAAGAAUUAUCCAUGAUAGUCUACAGCUUAAAAAGAGAUUACGGUGGUACAGUUGCAUGCUGGGGAAGAAAUGCAGUUUAGCACCAUUGAAAGAGGAGCUUCGGAUCCAGGGGGUGCCUAAAGUUACCCAUACUGAAUUCUGUCAAGGGCGUACCAUGAGGUGGGCCCUGGCGUGGAGUUUCCAUGAAGAUGUACAAGUGCCUUCACCUCCUUCUAAAAGGCGAAAACUAGAAAAACCCCGAAAACCAAUUACUUUCAUGGUCCUGGCUUCUACAGUCCAAGAGUUGUCCGCCAAAGCCACGGCUAUUGGCUGGGAUGCUGGAGAAGCCAUUACUGUGGUUAGAGCCUGGGUGGAGAAGAUUCUCGAUGAUCUGAAGGUUCAACAUAAGCGUUUUCCUUGUGGAAAACAUGAAGUUAGCCUGUUUCUGACUGCAAUCGAAAACUCCUGGAUUCAUCUGAGGCGAAAGAGACGAGAGAGAAUAAGGCAGUUACGAGAACUUCCACGAGCUUCUGAAGAUGUUCUGCAAGCAAUGGAAGAGGAGAAGAACAACCAGAAAAACACGAGCAGCAACCUGGACUGUGAAAACCCCAAGACUGAGGACUCUGAAAUGGGAUUCGCGGGGCCUGAUGAGGAGGUCCAUUUGACCACAGGUGAAGAGCUAAUGGAAGAAUCCACUGCCAAAGAAGAGCCCAGCGAGCAUGCAGAGCAGGAGGAGGACACAGAGGCAAAUCAGGCAGAAGGGUCACUUACUGAAGGUUCCGGUAAUGUGAAGGAGGAACCUGACCCUUCAGAGGAAGCUAGCAAUCCCACAACUGAAAAAGGACAAAGUCCCAAAGAAACUAGUAGAUGCUUCCUCUUUAAGUGUUUGAUGAAUGUGAAGAAAGAAGGAGAUGAUGUAUUAGUAGAAAUGCACUGGGUUGAAGGGCAGAACAGAGACUUGAUGAACCAACUGUGCACGUACUUACGGAACCAGAUUCUUCGACUGGUUGCUAGUUAGCUUCUUUUCCUAUUACAGUAAAAUAGAGCAGGCCCAAAGUUUUCUAAGGUAUUUUUAAUUGACUAGAACUUUCAACUGGCACAAACUGUUCUUUUUUUUCCUUUUAAAAAGCUAUAGUAAAAUGGAGUUUAAAGCUCUCUCUUAAAUAGCUUUUUUUUUAAAAAAAAAAAAAGCUUCAUGGAGUACAUUGGGCAUGAACUGAUGGGAAGGUAAUAGAUGCUGUGCCCGGUUAUAGAACUACAUGUUACAGUGAAAUACGUUUAUUCUGUGACUGUUUUAAAUAGGAACAGUUCAUUUAGGCCCUUCCGGUACAAUAGAAAUAUAUAUUGUUCCUAAAUAGAAAUCUUUCCCAAAACAUUUUCUUCAGUACUAAAGUGGAAAAUGACUAGUCUGCCUUGUGAAUUCUCUCCUGCAUCUAGGAGUCCUUAAUUUUGGACUUAAAAAUGCCUCGCUUCUCUUUAAUGCAUUUAACUGUUGGCCUACAAAGUGAAAACCUCUUGUGUGUCAAUUCAUUAAAACAUCUACUUUAGA